GAGCCUAAGGACCCCGCCGCGCCGCCCGUGCCCCGCAAGAAGCGCCAGAAGGUCGAGCCGCCGCAGCAUGAAGAGAAGCCGCUGCAGCCCCACCCGCCUGCAACCCGCCAGCCCAAGCUCACCGAGCUGGUGAGCGUUAUCCAGCCCGAUCGUCCAUCGCCAACGCCUACGCCAGCUCCGGUACAGGCUCCACGCCUCUCCGGCAAUCCAGAGGCCUUCCAGAACCCAAACGUGUCGCAUCUUAAUGUAGCUCCCUCAACUCCCCGUCCGGCGUCUAGCGGUCAGGUCUACGAUCCCAUCCGCGGCGGCUUUGAAUCGAAACCCCCAGCUUCAACCUCUAGCGCUCCCCCUCUCUCUCCGCCUUUAAACCGUGCGAGUGCUUCUCCCUCCAUCACGUCCUUGAUCGACCCACCAAGCUCGUCUUUCAACCAAGCAUCACGUUUUCAACAUCCAUCCGUAACCUCUGCUCCUGCCUCACCUGCGCCCCUGGCAGCCCGUCCCCCGCAACUGGCAUCAUCGGCUGAACAGCAUCUCGUCCCACGUCCAACGAACAUGAUCGGCUCCACCCCCAUGGACCUCGACCCUACCGACUCUCAUCUUCAACGGUCCGUGCCAAUGAAGAAAUCAGACUCUUCGGCCGGCACUACCCCUCCCGUGAAGCCAGCUCGUCAAAAGGAACAGCCACCACCGCUGCCAACAGGAAGCGGACUGCUCUCCGGCACCCCUUUCGGCCCAACUCCUGCCAACGGCGCGCCCGCCGGUACCCAUGGCACCAACAUAUGGCUUACCUUCCCGCUAAAGGGCCAAACACACACCACCAUCAACUUCGCACGCGAGGUCGAGAAGAAGUACGGCUUUGCUGCCCUUCAUCCUCGCAUCGCCGCCCGCCGCGAACGCCAGCGUCAGAUCAGAGCAGCAGGCGCCGCCCUCGAGAAAGCCGAUGGUACCGGGUCCGCUGACGACAUGAGUCUUGAUCUGAGCGAGGAUGAGGUCGGCAGUAAUGUUGAGAUGGGUGGGAUGGACGGCGAUGAGAAUAACUCAAACACGAAUGGGGAUGGGAAAAAGAAGAGGAGGAGGAAGGUGGAGGAUUAUGAUAAGGAGGAUGACUUCAUCGACGACACGGAACUCGCGUGGGAGCAGCAGGCGUUAAUGGCUAAGGAUGGGUUCUUCGUUUAUUCUGGUCCUUUGGUUACGGAGGGGGAGAGGCAGGUCGUUGAGAGAGCCGAUGGUACCGUCAAACGUGGCCGAGGACGAGGACGGGGUGGCUCAACACGCGGCGAAACUUCUGGACGCGGACGCGGUCGAGGCGGCGGACCUGGCUCCCGUGGCGGCACCACCGUCCGCAAACCUCGCGUCACGAAAGCAGACCGCGCACAAAUGGAGAUUGAGAAGCACAAUCGCGAGCAGCAGGCCGCCAAUCUCGCCGGGAAGCUCGCUCCUGGCGGUGGCAUGAACGCCGGCGCUAUGCCAGGAGGCGGCGUUGGCGUCGGGCUAGGCGGUGGUGUUGGCGUGGGCGUUGGUGCGUAUGGAGGGAGUGUGGGGAUGUAAUACGCAUUACAUCUCGCAACUCUCGUUCUCCAUACCCACUUUCCCAUCAUCGAAGGCCUCACAUCAAAGGAGGAGGAAACACUUGCAUAUGUCAGCCCACUGUUUUGCUAACAAAGAUCUGUUUUAUCUGGGUGUAGCGACUACAAGCGACCUUUCGAUAUCGAAUCUUCCUUCUUCAUCCACAUCUACUACCAUAAAUUCGGCUUCCAGGCAUAGUAAUAUUACCCUCGACUCUCCUACCACGGAAACCACCCCAAGAUCACACCAGACACUUUCACCACCUGUUUCACGCCCUCUACCUUCUCAAUCUGUAUCAUCUGGAUCCGUACCGUCUAAAAUAGGCCUUUCCAUACCGGAACUUCUCUCCUC